GUGAGGCAAACAUCAUCGAGGGGGAUUUUCUGCCGUUUACAGCGUGAGAGCACAAACCCGGCCUGUACAAGCAUAUGUAACUUAGUCUGAAGAUACAUGACUGCAGUCAGGAGGUGUUGUUUACAUUUUUGAUCAUGGAUUGGAGCACACAACAGUUGUUUUACACUAUAAUAUUCCUACUUUCCGGAGAAAGCGCAGUUCAUUUAGGAAGUUGCGUAUCAGCUGUAAACAACGGAGAUGACACGUUUACUAUCCAGCACAAUAGCAAUGGGAAGUGCCUCCUGGUCCAGGAUGGAGCCUUGAAGUUGGGAGACUGUUCGUCAGUGCCGGCCGUGUCGUGGAAGUGGGGUUCGACCCACAGGCUGUUCCACGUAGAAUCGUCCAUGUGUCUGGGCCUGGAGGUGCGCUCCAAAGUGGUGACCCUGUUCAGCUGCGACUCCAAUGAGAUUCUGCACUGGAAGUGCUACGAGGACAUCAUCUACACAGAAUACCAAAUGAAACUCAGCGUCGGGACUAACGACUCUGUCACUGCCAAGAGGGACGGACAGGACACUUGGAAAAGAGGAGGGAGCUCGGAAAACAUCUGUCAGCAGCCGUAUCGAAGAAUGCACACAAGCGGGGGGAAUUCUAACGGGGCACCCUGUGAGUUCCCCUUUCUCUAUAAUGGGACCUGGCACCACAACUGUCUGCCUGGCACUGAAGACAAGACACUGGACUGGUGCUCCACCACAGCAAACUAUGAUCAAGACAAGAAGUGGGGGAAUUGUCUGAAGUAUGUGGAGGGAUGUUCUACUUUAUGGGAGAAAGACCCAGUGAAAGGACGCUGCUAUCAGGUCGUAUCCACAGCGGUGGUGACCUGGCACGAGGCGCGGGAUGCCUGUCGUAGUCAAGGAGGAGAUCUGCUCAGCGUCUCUAGCCCUCAAGAGCUUGAGUUCUUUAAAGAUCGGAAAGACUUGCCAAGUAAGCUGUGGAUCGGCUUGAACCAUCUGGACUGGAUGCAGGGUUGGCAGUUGGCAGAUGGAUCAGCUUUAUCUUUUGCCCCUUGGGAAACAGGUGAUUUCAACUGGACAGUGUAUUAUAAAGAAUCUUAUAAUCUGAAAACAGAGGUAUGGAUUGGUCUUUUGGGUGAUGGAACCACCUCAGUUUAUGAAUGGGUCGAUAAAGUACCAGUGUCUUUCACAUACUGGGCCAGAGCUCAACCUCCACCACUUCUACCAAAUGCCACCCACUGUGUGUACUAUGCAGGAGAGCAUCAUACGUGGUCUGUGUCUGACUGUGACAACCCGAGGGCUUACAUGUGUAAGAAGAAGGGGAUUGUGAAUGAGAGUGCCCCAGAGGAAGGCUGCCCUCCAGACGGGAACUGGAAGAGACAUGGCGACGCUUGCUAUAAAGUGGACACUGAGCUGGUGUUCUAUAAAAACAGCUGCCACAUCACCAUUAAUAACAGAUUUGAACAGGCCUUCAUUAACAGUCUUCUGAAAGAGCUUAUCAGCACUGAGGUGUUGUAUUUCUGGACGGGGCUACAGGACACUAAAGGGUCCAGGCAGUACCAGUGGAUCGGUCAGGAUGGGACAGCAGACCAGGUCGCCUACACCAACUGGAAAUGGCUAGAACCCGCUUUCCCUGGUGGCUGUGUGGUGAUGUCUACCGGGCAUCCUUUGGGCCAAUGGGCUGUUAAGAACUGCACUCUGUUCAAAGCUGGCAAUAUCUGUAAGAAACCUAUUAAAUCAAUGGUCCAACCCACCCCAGAUCCAAUUGUGCCCAAUCCCAAUGCUUCCUGUGCACCCGGAUGGGUCUCGAGGGAAGGCCUAAAACACUGUUACAAGGUGUUUCACGGGGAGCGUUUGACCAGAAAGCGCUCGUGGGAAGAGGCGGAGCGUUUCUGUGAGGCACUAGGGGGUCAUUUGCCCAGCUUCACUGAGGCUAAAGAUAUGCAAGUGUUACAUUCCAUCCUGAGAGACUCUAUCAGUGAUGAACGUUUUUUCUGGGUGGGACUUAAUCGCCGAAAUCCAAAUAACAACAACAACUGGGAGUGGAGUGACGGGCGUCCGGUCUCCAUGAUGAUCUUUCCUGAUGAAUUCAAUGAAGAUGACGCCUAUAACAGGGAUUGUGUUGCGUUUAAGACUUUGAAAGGAACCUACAAGCCGUUUCUCUUCCUCCUGUUCCAUAAAGUUCCUCCACGGUCUUUUUAUCCCAGCACCUUUCACUGCGAUGCCAAACUGGAGUGGGUGUGUCAGAUACCACGAGGUCACACACCAAAAACACCAGAGUGGUACAACCCAGAUGGGCACCAUGAUACAUCAGUGUUUAUAGACGGCCAGGAGUUCUGGUUUGUAACAGAGCCAAAGUUGCCCUUUGAGGAGGCUGUCUUGUACUGCAGCAGCAACAGCAGCAAACUCGCCGCACCCGACACCCUUAGUGCCGUACACCGCCUACAGGAACAUCUUUUUGAGCAUUCAGAGCAGAACAUUGUAAAGUGGUGGGCAGACCUUCGUCACCCUGAUCCUCAUAUUCCCUUUAGGCUCAGCCCCAUGCAUUACUAUUAUUCAGCGUUUCUGGGCAGGUGCCCCUCUAUCACUCCUGUCUCAUUUGAUUCCGGUUUCAGAGAAGGCAGCUGUAAUGAAAGACAGCCGUUUGUGUGCGAGACCCUGAACGUCACUUCUGCGGAGAAAGGAACCCCAAAACUGCACCCACCCGGCACCCCGUGUGGGGGAAAUUCACAUCACUUCAGAGACAAGUGCUACUGGGUUUUAUCCGACUCUUAUUACCAAAGCUUCAAAGAAGCCAGUGAGUUUUGCGAGAGACUGAAAGGCACGCUGCUCACCAUAUCUGACCAAGUUGAACAGGAUUUCAUCACUACACUGUUACCGGAGUUACCCGGACAGCCUCAGAAAGUCUGGAUUGGCCUAAAGAUCUAUCUUCAUGGCAUUCAGUGGGUGGACAACUCGCCUCUUGAAUAUCUGAACUUCAAUCCUCUCCUGCAUGGCCAGACACGACCCAUAUUCAUCAAUUCGUUUGAACAGGACACCAUGGAGAUCUGUGCCUACAUGUAUAAUGAUGAUCAUUCUGACUUGAUGGGCACCUGGGACUUCACCUCCUGCUCUGACCGUCAGAAUGUCAGCAUCUGCCAGCAUUAUGCAGAUAAACCAGAGGAACCUGAUCAUAAGGAUAAUUUCACGGUUCAUAGUCAUACAUUUAAGGUGGUACAGCAAGACAAUUUAACAUGGAUAGAGGCUCUUCAGUUAUGCCAGAGCUACAAUAUGGACUUAGCCAGCAUACCUGAUGCAUAUGUGCAAGCAGUGCUCACAGUUGAAGUUUCUCGAAGACGACAACCCCUCUGGAUUGGACUCUUCAGUGAAGACGAAGGGGAGCACUUCCACUGGACAGACCACAGCCACGCUGAGUUCAGCCGCUGGACCUCUGAAGCCACCAAAGGGGCCUGUGUGUAUCUGGACACUGAUGGGUUCUGGAAGGCAACCGAGUGUGAUGAAGAGCUUUCAGGAGCAAUCUGCCACAUCCCACACAAUAAGACCGUCACACCUGAAGUAGAUUCAUUCAAAUGUCCUCACAAAAGCAAUGGACAGAACUGGAUCCGCUUUAAGAAGAACUGCUACACGUUACUGCUGGGGGCCUCCAGGUGGGGCAACGAUGAAAUCAAUGAGCAGCCGAUCUGCAAGUCACUUGCUGGGUUUGGAGAAAUCCUGACUAUCCGUGAUGAGGAAGAGAAUGAUUUCAUCAGACAGCAGUUGCAGCCAUUCAAAAACUUGGUGAUGUUUGUGUGGCUGGGAAUGAACAAAAACAAGACAGAUGAGCAGCUGAAGUGGCUAGAUGGCAGCAAUGUGCAGUUCUCUAACUGGAAAUCCGGUCAAAGACCAAACAUCACGGAGCCCUUCAUGGUUGGCCUCAACUUAAACGGAGAGUGGGAAAUGAUAACAAAUCAACGUUUUUUCAAUUCCUUCAGACAGCAGAGUAUUGUGGUGUGCAAGAAUGAAAAUGUCUCCAAAGAUGAAUUCAUGAAGGGUGUGGUUGACGUUAAUACUCCGGAUGGCAUAAGUUACCGUCGGGUGGCCAAGAGAAUGGACUGGUAUCAGGCACUGCAAGAGUGUGGCAGCAACGGAGGCCAUCUUGCCAGCAUUCCUGACAAAACCACUAACGACAACAUGGCACUGAUCGCCAAAAGAGACGGCUUUUCACUGUGGAUCGGCCUCUCCAAACAAGACGUAAGCGGAUGGCCAUUUGAGUGGUCAGAUGGGAGUGCGGUGAAAUUCACACCAGAUGGAUUUGUCAAUGACGGCCGUGAUUCUGAGGAAAAGUGUGUGUUUGUGGACUCCAAGGGCACCUGGACGGCCGUCAACUGUCAUGUAGCCCAAGAAGGGGCCAUCUGUUACAACCACAUCAAUGAGAGUAAGACAAAUCCAGGUAGCCCCGUGGCUUUGGUCUUCUUCAUCAUUGUCUUCAUCUGCAUCGUCGUGACUGUCUCCUUCAUCUUGUACCAGAAAAACAAGCAUCGCUUCCAUUCGACAGUACGUUACCAGCGCAACUUUGAUGACGCAGACAGUGCGAGUAUGAUCAAUGAUGCAGAAUAA